AUGUCUCUCCGUCCUCUCAUUCUCGGCAGCGCUGCUCGGACUGCACGGACUCUUGUCAGACAAUGUCAACGCACUCAAAGACUAUAUGCGACUGAGGCAACACAGCUAGCCAACAUCGCGCUAAAGCCGACAAUAUAUGGGCAACCAUUGGACCCGUCUCAUCCGCAUCUGCUGAAGAAUGGGGAGCUGACACCAGGGAUUACCUCGCAAGAGUACGAGACGCGGCGGCGGGCUCUCAUGGACAGUCUCCCGCCGCACAGCGCCGUUAUUUGCGCCGCCGCGCAGGUGAAGUACAUGAGUGGCCGUGCCUACAAGUUCCGCCAGGACUCCGAUUUCUGGUACCUCACCGGCUUCGAAGAGCCAGGCGCUGCAUUCAUCAUGGAGAAGGACAGUUCUUCGCGCGGGUAUCGCAUGACGCUCUUUCAUACCCCGUCGACGCCUUCGACGGCGCAGUGGGACGGCGCCCGCACGAGUGCAGAGGACGUCGUGCGACUGUUCCGCGCAGACAACGCGCGACCGGUCGACGAGUUGCUUGACUCACUGAGGAGGGUAAUGGCUGAGACCGACCAUGUAUAUGUGGACCUUCCUCCUGGGGGCGGACCGAAGCGCUCGCGUUCGGCCUCGACCAAGUCGUUGCUCAAGUACUUGUCUAGGACAUCGCAGGAGCAUGAUUCUCUCCUUGAAUCGCUCAGCGGACAAAAGCGUCGUCCACUUGCUCCUGAAGUCGGACGGCUACGCGCCAUCAAGAGCGAGGCGGAGCAAAAUGUCAUGCGGGCUGCUGCAGACAUCAGUGGUCAGGCGCAUACAAAGACGAUGCGUUUCGCACGACCUGGCCUGUCGGAACACGUAUUGGGCGCGCACUUCGAGUACCUUUGUGCCAGGGACGGCGCACAGCGACCGGCCUAUGUGCCUGUUGUCGCAUCAGGCCCAAACGCGUUGACAAUACACUACACGUCAAACAACCAGCUCAUCCGCGAGAACGAGCUAGUCCUCGUCGACGCAGGGUGCGAAUACAACGGGUACGCCUCCGACAUCACUCGCACCUUCCCCGUCUCGGGCGCCUUCACCUCCGCGCAGGCAGACCUCUACGGUGCGCUGCUCUCCGCGCAGAAGCAGCUCGUCGCGCUCUGCACGGCGCGGGCGGGCGUCUCGCUCGCGCAGCUCCACCACAAGUCAGUCGAGUUCCUCGGGCGGGAGCUCCGCCAGAUUGGGUUCGACCUGGGCAUGGCGGGCGGGCGCGUGGCGGAGCUGUACCCUCAUUUUGUUGGACACCCGGUGGGCAUUGACCUGCAUGAGUCAAGCCAUUUUGACCGACACGCACCUCUGCAAGCGGGCAUGGUCAUAACUGUGGAGCCUGGCGUGUACGUGCCGCCAUCAGCACACUUCCCAAAACACUUCCACAACAUUGGCAUCCGAAUAGAGGACGAAGUGCUCGUGGGCGAAGAGCACCCCGUAGUCCUCAGCGUAAGUGCUCCGAAGGAGAUCGCCGACGUGGAGGGAGCAUGUCAAGGACUGCUAGGACUAGAGCCGUUCUGA